UUCGCCUGCGGUAGCCACAUUCCGUAAACAUGAAACAGCUGACUGUUGCGCGGGUUGCGCUGACAAGAAGCUCUCUACUGUCACAUCACAUACCAAAAGUUAGAUUUUUAUGUUUUGUGGAGAAUGGAAGUGUGCUGUGAAUGACUGUUCAGAAUAUGGUACAGUAGUUGUUAGGGCCGGUGUACUGAAGUGUACGUGGCAAAUAUGGAAGGACACUCGUCCGUAUCGUCAGUGUAGAUAUGGGCCUUUAUCGCACCUUCAGUAGAACCAUUCCAGUUUCCGUCGUUGUAUUUCUGUAUCUGUUAAAGUGUUACUCCCCGUGAAUGGUUUUGGAUACAAUACGUCACGGCUGACUGCGCCUUGCAAGGUAGCAAGACAGUAUUCGUGAACUGAAAAUUGUUGAAUGCCAUGGAGGCCUGAUUGCUCGUCUUUCACAUUGAGGAGUCACUUAUGGACUUCAUAACAGAACCUUUUGAAAAUUUCUACGAUGUGUUUGAGGAUAUUGGAAAAGGCCAAUUUGCAGUGGUGCGACGCUGUCAAGAGAGGUCAACAGGACGGCAGUUUGCUGCCAAGUUCGUCAGAAAACGUCGAGUAUGUCGAGGAGUAUCCCAGGAAGACAUACGACGUGAAGUGCACCUCUUGCGUCGCCUGGCUGGCCAUCCACACCUUGUGACAUUGCACCAAGCUUUUGACAGUCCUCGACAUGCUGUCCUGGUUCUUGAGAUGCUGGAGGGUGGAGAACUGUCCUCUCUCCUAGAAUCUCGUGGUCAUUUGGAGGAAACUGAAUCAGCUUAUUGUGCUCAUCAAAUACUACUUGCAUUACAACACAUGCACAGUCAAAAUAUCGCUCAUCUUGACCUCAAGCCUGAAAAUAUACUUCUUGUUGGUGGAGGACUACAGCUGAAGUUGGUGGACUUAGGACUUUCACAGGAACUUGAGCCUGGUACACAUCUACGAACCACUCUGGCAACCCCAGAAUUCGCAGCACCUGAGAUUGUCGGUUACGAGCCUCUCUCCUUAGCUACUGAUAUGUGGGCACUUGGUGUCAUCACAUACCUCAUGCUGAGUGGAAUAUCUCCAUUUUUGGGAGAAGACAAGCAGGAGACUUACUCUAAUAUAGCUGCUGUGUCAUAUACGUUUGAGGAAAAUGCUUUUUCUCGUGUCUCGGCAGCUGCCAAAGAUUUUAUCACCAAACUCCUUUUGAAAGAUUCUUCGAAAAGAGCAACUGUUACACAAUGUAUAGAUCAUAGUUGGAUUCAGGCAUGCAGCUUAAGCUUGUCAAUUGUAAAGCCUAAAAUAGAAGAUAAUAUAAGGAAAGUGACAUUGAAAACUAAAAAACAUUGGAAGCAAUCACUUCGUGCUGUACAACUCUGCCUGCAGCUGCAGGCAACUGGCGGUGACUGCAGUGUAUAUACUGAUGAUGGCGAUAAUUUUGUUGUGUCUGCACUGAACAGUGCUGCAGCCUCUGGUAAUGUGGAAGGUCUUCAGAAAUUAAUGAGUCUUACAAAAAUCAGUUUAAAUGUCUCCAAUAAGGAGAGAGUCAGUCCUGCACAUGUGGCAGCAGGCUGUGGACAAGUAAAUGUUCUGGAGUUACUAAACACAUCUGGAGCAAAUCUACAGGCCAAAGAUGACUCAGGUGACACACCACUGAUUUGGGCAGCUCGUCAUGGACAAGAAGAUGCUCUCAGCUUUCUUGUCAAUGCUGGAGUCAAUGUCUCAACACAAAACUUAGAUGGCGGAACAGCAUUACAUGAAGCAGCAUUACAUGGUCGUACAACGUGUGUACGUCGACUGAUUGCGUGCCCUGACAUUUCACUUGAUAUUCCAGACUGUAAUGGCCGAACACCUCUUCAUGUGGCUUUGGCCACUGUUCGUGAGGACUGUGCAUUACUGCUCUUGCAUGCUGGAGCUGACGUUGAUAUGUGUGAUAUGGAGGGUGAUGCACCUAUUCAUCUCGCUUCACGGACUGGCCUGCUGACUGCUGCUCAAACUCUGUGUGCUUUUGGUUGUACGGUUGACAUUGCAGAUGCAGAUGGCCUGUAUCCUAUUCAUUUAGCUGCACGCUAUGGCCAUGGAGAAGUCGUUAGAUGUUUGUGCCUUGCUGGAUGUAAUACUGAUCAGAAGAAUACUGAUGGAAUACGAGCUGAAAUAACAGCUUUAAAACAUGGUUUCAAUGAUGUUGCUAACCUUCUUGCUAAACUUAAAAAUAGGGAUGAACUGAUACGGCAGUUGAUUCCAACAUCAAAGCCGCCAUCUCGACUUAGUGUAAAGUUUCUAGGACGCACCGGCUCAGGCAAGACAACAAUCAUCAGUUCUCUGACAGCUGGUCUCAUCACAGGCCUUCUUCGAAAAGCCAGACUGUCUCCUUCUUCAGCACCAUCUCGUACAGGUUCGACAUCACCAGGAAGCAAAAUGCAAAUAGAAAUGGAUGUAACUUCCUGCCGUGGUCAGCCUGUCUUCGAUGUCUACAAUGAACAUUAUACAAGAGGAAUUGAUGUACAAGAGGUCUCAGUCUCUGGUUGUGGUGGUGAUUUGACGUUAUGGGAACUUUCUGGACAAGAGACCUAUUUUCUGAUAUACCAUCAUUUUCUAGGGUCAACAGCUUGUCUUCAUGUUGUAGUUUAUAGUCUGGCUGACCCACCAAGCGCUCAGCUUGAGCAGUGUCUCUUCUGGCUUACCUUUCUCCAGGCACGCACAGUACCACCACUUGAACCACUUGGUGAAGGGGGUGUAGCUGGAAGACUUCCCCUAGUACUUCUUGUUGGCACACAUGCAGACAUGGCUGGGCGAUAUGCGGAUUCAGCUGCAAGACGUUUAAUUACGCAGCUUCGCACAAGGUUCCGACUGCAGCUAGACUUGCUGCCUCAGACAAUUGUGUUAGAUGCUCGCAUUCCUGGUAGCCCAGGAAUACGUCAACUAGAGGCAGCCAUAGCAGGAGUGAGACAGCGACUGUUACUGGAGGUUCCACGCUGGACAGGAUUCCUCGAGGCAUCCCUGUCAUGGUUAUCACAAGCUCGUCGCCUGCUGCCCUUUCCAGUGAUGACUUGGUCUCAGUUUGUUGCUGCUGUCCGUGAUCGUGUCAAUCCCUUGGCUGGAGAAGAACAUUUGCGUGAGCUAGCACACCAACUAGAAGUUACUGGAGAGAUUGUCCAGCUCCGUACUCCUGCUCAAGACGAAUUGGUGGUUUUGAGCCCUCGCUGGCUGGGUCAGUUAAUAGGCCAGUUACUUUCGCCAGACUUCCUUGUGAAAGCUCGUACAACAGGGUGCUAUUCCUCUCAUGACUUCCAAGCAGCUGUUCCACAGCUACCUGCGUCAGAUGUACUGCCAGUACUGGAGGCCCUAGGGCUUUGCGCUCGGUGUUACGAAGAUGAAGACAUUGCUGGUGAAUUUGAAGAUUGUGAUUGUAGUGGAAGUGAAUGUGAAGAUCCUACUGUGAAGUCCAGCUGUGCCACUUACAUAGAACCAGAACCAGAAUUUGAAUUUCCAUGUUUCAAUUUUGUUGAGACUUUAGAUGGUUUGUGGGAUGCUCGCUACCAUGCCACUUGCUAUGGAGGCUUACGCCUUCGUGCACCUGCUCCUUCAUCAUGUCUGCUACGCUGUCUGUUUCCCCGUUUCCAGGUUCAACUGAGGCGCUGCACACAGCAGUUAAGUGAUCCAGACACAGACCUCUACCAGUGGAUGAAUGGCUCAAAACUAUGCACAGGAGCAGUAGAGUCUCAAGCAGUCCUAAUUGAUGAGAUGGAAAUUGAUGAUGACAGUGAUGAAGAUGAUGAUAGUGACAGCAAGAGUGGCUUGGGUCAAGAUGAAUGGCUUGAACUGAAGGUGCGGGGACCUCCAGGGUCAGCUCUGGCUUGUUUCUGUUUGCUAGAAGAGCUGCUGGCAGUUAUUGAUCAGGUUGUGAGUGAAGUUAGCCCUGGAAUGGCACUGGAGAAGCAUGCAUUAAGCCCUGCCCAACUCCGUUGUCAUACCAGUGACCCCUAUUGCUGGGCCCCAGAACAGCUCAUGAAGGCUAUACUGAAAUCUGGUCUCAGUGCUUCAUUGCGCAAUCCACGAACUGGGGGAAGUGAAUCAUUGCUUGACAUUAUUGGUUUUGGAGAACCAGAAGUCUUGCAGCUGCUUGUGACAGCAGACAGAUUAUCAGUAUCAGCACUUUCAACAUUGUGUCGCCAGCGUCUGUGUCUUCUGUUAGAUCCACCUGAUCCUCUUGGACGUGACUGGUGUCUCCUGGCUGUCCGUUUAGGUCUACUUGAUGAACUUGCUCAUAUUGAUGGAUCUGCCUCCGCUGCCUCUGUGUCACGCACAGCGGCUCUUCUUGAUGCAUGGGGAGGAACAAUAGGCCAGUUGAUAACUACACUGGAAGAACUCGGACGUCAAGAUGCAGUUGCAGUAUUGCUAAAGAAUGCGCCUUUGUACCGCAUUACUUUGUCAUGUCAGUCACCAGCAUCUUCUGACUCUAGUUCACGACUGUCUCGCUGACCACAGCUGCUACCUAAAUCAGUUAUAUAUGAUAUCACAACAGUAAUGUUGCAUCAGCCCUAAGGAAUUGUAAGGGCUUGUAAGAAGUAUUGUUGAUUUACUGCACUGCACUCAGUGAGGCAGGGUUUGGAGAUGUACACACUCUGUUGUGGAUAAAUUGUGUGAUGUUGUACAGUGCUGUUCAUUGAAGUCACUUUGUUUUUCUUUCUUCUGGAAAUAUAAGUAUUGGUAUUUGGAAAAUGCAUAGAUCACAGUCCUUGACUGUUAUACCGAACAACAUAAAUUUUUCUAGAAGAAGAAAAUGAGAAUUUAGAAGUCAGUCAACUUAAGUUAUUAGACUUUUGUUAGUCUACUGAGAUUGAGAAACAGACCAAGGUAGAAUAUAGGACAAAGACCAGCAGAUCAUGAAGCUGAAUGAUAAUGAAACAGCAUCAUUUAUAUUAUAAUUUGUGUUGCUGUGAUCUUUGACAUAUUGCAUAUUUAUGCUUGUAGGACUCAUUACGAUUUCAUUUACAUACAAGCAUUCCUGCAUGUGCAUUUAUAGACAAGUAAACCUUUUUGCUGUAAGAGAUAGCUUUCUGUCUGAGUUAAUAAUACAUUUUCUUGCCUUUUCUGGCAUGCUCCCUGUUCUCUUCUCCCCUGUUCUCUUUGUUUUAGUGUUCAUUUACUGUCAGUAUUGUUGUGUGCUGCUAUCUGCUCAAUGAUCUAUGUGGAAACAGUAUUUUUUCCUUUAUAAGUAAUCAUUUUUAUUUGCAUCAUUAUUCUUGUAUGCUGAUAUGGUUGCAUAAUGAGGAUAGCAUCUGUAUUUUAUAAAAUAGGUGUACACAUUGUAAGAAAUGUCAUCUGCCAAUAUAUUACCUAUUUUUGUUGUAUAAACUCUUAUUUCAGUGCUUUAUUUUUAGUGACUAAUUUUGUCGACUGUGGUAUUUAAAAUAAUCUUGUGCAAGUAUUGAAACUAUUCUCUGUUUCUAUAAAUGUACUAAGUGAAUAAGUUUCUAGAUUUUUCAACAAAACCACUUAAACAGUCAAUACAAAUUAUAAAGUUCCUCCAGUGAGGCAUUGGCUACCUGUAGGACUGACUAAAAGUCACAAAUUGUUUUUUGGUCAGCAAGAGUUUUUGCAAUAUUAGUUUUAGAAGCUACAGCUUUGUAUCAGACAAUUGGUGUAAUUUUUUGGAUGGAAACAUGGAAUACCAUGGAUGAUGUAGAAGAAUGGAACUAAGAUGAGCAAUAGGUGAAAGGUAGUAAAGAGAGGAUGAAAACUUACACAUACUUCAUUCUGGCACUGAUUUUGUGCAGUACUUUAUUCUAUAACAUCAUCUCAUGUCUUAAAUACCUUUGUUAAAUUACACACAGUACUCUUUCCAUUUACUACAUUAUAUUUUUUUAACUUGAUUUCAUUUUCUCCUGUUCCAUUCAAACGAUACUGCAUACUUUACUCUCAGUAGAAUGGUUCCGUUGCACCUAGUGCAAUACUUUCUUCAUCUUACUGACACACUGUCCGCUAACUUUGACCUACCACUCUCUCUGACUCUUCAGCCCUUUACUGUCUCUCAUCUUUUCAUACUCAUCCCAUGGGAGAAAACUAAGUUUAUGGAACUCAGGGAAAUACUUAAUUUUGACUGUUGCAGUGAUAUCUGUGUAUAUGACACUGUUAAAUUGUAUUAUGUUAAAUGUAUGUAUAUUGUGAGUAUUUGUUAAAUUUACAUUUAUGAAACAUGUACUGUAAGGUUGCCUUAUCAAUUCAGUCAUUCUAUAAAAAAGUAUUUUUGUUUUUUUGCUAUUAAGUCAAAGUACAAUGUAUUUGAUAUAAAAUAUUAUAUCUCUUGCAAAGGUUGGACCAGCAUUUCUUUGUAUGGGUGCUACUAUCAGCAUGAAAACAAAUUUGGAUAGCACAGGUUACUUGAUUAAUUCUAUUUUAGUCAGCAUGUAGUUUUAUCAUUAAAAAUACUGACAUGCAAGUAAGAAUUUCUAGUAAUAUGCAGCAACAUAAGCAAUUACAUGAUCAACCACUACUUAAGAUCUCCAGUGGACAUUAAGGGGCAAGUCUGAUGUCUGAGACAUAGUCACCAUAUUGGAUGACUCCAUGACUGAUGAUAUGCUUUCCAUUUUAUGGAUCUUAAAUAAUUCUUUUAUUAACAAUGGUUUCAUAGAGACAAAAUUUUCUGCUGUUAAAAUAUUCCAAUCCUUGUUUGCAGAUGCUAACAUACUUGGGAAAUCAACAUUUUAGUCCUGUAAAUAGUGCCAAACUUAGACACUUUCGCUAAUCUCAUGUAUCUACUAAAAUUUUGUUACUGGUGGUUUGCAGUUAGAUCCAUUGGAAUUUACACAGUUUUUUGAUAGUUCUUCUAUAUUUAAUGAUGUUUUGGGGUGAUAUGAAUAAUAAAUUAACUCUUCAUUAUUAAAUCAUUAAUUUAUGUUUUGGUCCAUAAUUCAUAACAAGUAAAUUUUUUUGGUCUAUUGUUGAUAGGUAUGUUACAAACCUGUAAACAUGAGUCACAAAGCGUAAGUUAUAAAUAUACUGUAAAUUUCAAUCGGUUGAUAGUAGCAGUUCCGACAGUUGCUGAUCAAAAUUUCAACAAAACUAUGUAUGUAAACAUAGCAGUAGAUAGCAAGCAGUGUAACUGUAGACAAAUCUCUUCAGCAGUAGCAGUAUUUCUGCAGAUUAUUACCAUCUUAUUUUCUUUCUGCGAGGGGAUAAGUCUUAAUUCUUUCAGAUUUAUAUUUUUCAUGUCCAUAUUGUAUAUGAUGAAUUUAAUUUUUAUUUUCAGAUUUGUGAUAUAGAAUUUUUAUUUUUAGGUUUGUAAUAUAGAAUUUUUACUUUUUGCUUUGUAAUAUUUGUGUAGGUAGAGUCUGUGAUAGAAAACUGUCUGCUGGGCAAUAACCAAAGUGACCAAGUCAAAGUCGACUGUUUAAUGUGAGAUAAAUUUGACUGCUUUCAGAAUUCAAAGUCCAGCUAGCAACUGUGAGAUGCUGCAGUUUGUGGAACAAAUAGGGAAGGUGGAGCACAGUGUAACUGAAAAUUUGCUAUCUUAAAUUUUGAAAAUCAAGUUUGUGAAGAUAUUGUUCUUUUUAUCUAUUUUUCUUUAAGGAAUAUUCAACAAUCAUUUAAGGCUCACAGACUCAUUAUGCCUUUGAAAUUGGCAUAUUUAUUGAGACUAUUAAGUAUGAGUGAAAACUUUUUUCUGUGUAUCCCACUGCAGGGCAGUGUAACACGUAUUGGUGGCACAGUUUAACAAGUAUGAAAAACUAGAUUCAUGUUGGCAUUAGUUAUAUGAUUCAGCUGCUUCAGAGUACAAGCUACAAUUGAAUGCCAGAUGAAGUUAAUAUGUAGAAUCUUUAAAAUUGCCGAAAGUGGCAACUGGUGUGAUGACUUAGACUCAAAUUGAAGAGUGCCCCAUGCUACACUGUACUCAACCUUUUUCUGUUAUUUUCCACUUGAGUUGCCCUUUGCUGUAAGUGAACAUGGUCUAUGGUAAAUCCCAGUGAAGUGGAAUACAGAGUCCACUUAUGGUGUAUUAUUUUGAUUCUGCAUUUUGUGUUUAUACUGAAAUUAAAUAUCCCAUUUAAGCUCACUGACUAUUUAUCUCACUUUCUGAAAUUUCAGCUGUUGCAGAUAUAUCCAAAAACAUUUUCAUAACAAAGUUCUUGGCUAGUUGUCAAUCCUGAAACAUUGUGUGCCUGUGUUCACCCACAACACAAUGGGUGCCAGCUGACGGUCAAUGGCUGCAGCUGCUGCUGGCAAACAUAAAGUUAUUCAGUGCUGUGAGUCUCACUGUAAAAUGUUUACUAUACACCAGCUGGACAGAAAAGCAUAUACACUGUCUGAUUCUGAUUGAUGGAAUUCUGGAGAUAUUAAUCUGAUUAAAAAUAAUGUAAUAAGUGUUUUAAAACUGCCUUAAAAAAAGCUUCAUGGUGCAGUUGGGUGCGAGUCAGUGGCUGCUAAAGCAGGUUUAACGUCUUUUGACAUACAAAUGGCAAAAUUAGUACAGUGGCGACCACCCAUGUAGAGAACGACACAAGGAAUGCUGUCCGUAGUAAAAUUUACCCACAAAUAAAAAUUAAUUACAUACUUACCAUGAUGAGCCUAUAUCGAAGGUUUAUUUGAAAGAUAUAAAGAAAGUGUUGGUGAUUUAUUUGGGUAUAAUACGCAACCAAUAGUUUUUUUGAAUUUUUGAUACUAUUUAUUUUGUGUUCCAGCAACUAGUUUUCAAGUCACUGCAGGCUCACCAUUAGAUGGACAUUUUACAGGAACAUCAUGUGGACCAUGUGCAUUUAGACACUGUGAUAAUACUGCUGUUGGAAUUAAUAGACAUUUAGUUACCAAUAACAAAAAGUUUAUGAAAGUUUUGUUUCAUAAACUUUUUGUUACCUGUAGCUAAAAUUCCAUUAUGUCCACCACCACCACAACCACCCCCACCCCCACCCCCACCACAUGGUCCAGGUAAUGUUCCGAUAACACCUCCACCUGAUGAUGAACUUGCAGUGGCUUGAAAACUAUUAAUGGUACACAAAAUAAAUAGUAUCAAAAAUUCAAAAAGUGUCUAGUUACAUGAUAUCCAAAUAAAUUGCCGGAUUAAAUCACAGUUGCAUUUCACCAUCUACAAUGGAUGUAGUGAAAGAAAGUGUAACUCCAAAAACUGGAAGCUGGGCCUGGCACCAUGUUGUGAAAGGAAUGGUGGCCUUGACUGUUAUUUGCCCCCUUCCCCCAUAAAAAAAUCUUUAAUCAAACUUUAAAUUACUGCAUUUAAGAAAACCUCUCUGCUGCUGAUCUUCUUGUAACAUUUAUUUAGUACCUUUACAGAUGCCUGCUUUAUGAGUUUCAAAAGGAAAAGUCCCUCUAAAGAUUAUACGAUACUGAUAAUUACAUUGAUUGUGAUUUUUGUCAUUAUAGAGGAGCAGUCACCUUGGGGAAAAUGUAAAAAGAGAAACAAACUGUUUAUUUUUAUGCCUCUGUGAUAAAUCUGGAGAUCUAAAAUGUACAAGAGAGUAUAAUUAUAGAUGUUUUCUUAUCUGUAUUUUUGUUUUUGUAUCAGCCUCCAUAUACUCAGUUUUAUUCAUUACUGUGCACCAUCAAAUUAUUUGUAACUUGGGUUUACUUCUGCCUACCAUCACUGCAAUAUUUCAACAUUUUCAUAGUGUUCGUGAAAUUCUACUCAUAUGUGAUGGAAGACUGCACAUAUACAUUAUCUAUUUCAGAAUAAAAAGUUCCUACAUGUUUCUGCUCUGUAACACUUUAAGCAAGCUCAUUUAGCAGUAACUUUUUCUAUCAUUAAAAUAAAAAUUCAUGGUACACUAAUUACAUUUUCAUCCCUGUGUUGAAAUUUUCUGACCACAAAGUUUCCUCUCCUCCCAAAACAAGCAGGUUUUGACAAAACACAGAUUUUAUAUUUUUGUUGGCAUUUAGCAUGAAGCUAGCAGCUUAUUACACAGUAAUAAAUCGGAAAACUAAAAAGCAAAACAGAAGAAUAAGGACAUACAUAGAUACAUAGAUCAAUAUAACCCAUCAUGAUAAAUGCCUAAAAAUAUAAUUGUAGUAAUUUUCGUAAGGUAAAAAUUAAACAGUACAUACAUAUAGCACUACCUCUAAUAUGUUCCAUGAUUUUGUGCAGAAGCUACCCAUGGGAAUAGAAACUUAAUGUGCGGGUUACAAAUGCUUGAAAACACCAAGAUGAUUUUGUAAGUUUUUUAUUUUUCUUUGUGAAGAUAAUGGUGACACUAGUCAUACAUCUAUUAAAUCACAUAUGGUCAUCUUAAUAUCUUCACGACUGCAUUAAGAAAAAUGAAAUGAGAUGGCCUGUGUUUUUCCAUAAAAUGUAAACUGCAUGAAGUUUGCUACGUAUAUCACAGACAUUUUCUGUGAAAACUCGCAUAUGAACAAUAACUAACAUUAUGAUUUCCUAAGUGAAAGCAGUAGCAUGCCAUGUAGGCCAUGGAAGUUGCUGCUUUAUGAGGAGAAUACAUGGGUGAUUGUCAAGGCACUGUGUAAGAGGUAAUCUCCCGAGCAUGAGAUGUUCAUACGUGAAUGACCAGACACAGCUCCAUUGUGAAAAUAUUUCUGGAUAAAUCUGCUCUUACUGACCUGUUAUAAAAUGAAAUAACAUUUCACUGUGGCUGAACUUACUUUAAACAUACAUCUUUAUUAUGUAGUAUAAAAAAAUUAUACCAUGAAUGACCUCAUAUGCUAGCCAUCAUGUUUCUAUUCUGCCCAACUGUCCACUUCACUGUGUGUGUAUACAGAAAACUGCAGUUCUGCUAGCUGUUUUAACUCCUGAAUUGGGAAGACAGUUCACAUUUAAUGUCAUUAUGGACUUAGUCACUGAAACUGGCAGUGCAGAUCUUUUUUUCCUCAAAGACUGUAUAUGGAAUUCUGUAGGCAGUGAGUUCUGUGUUCAAUAUUCCUCGCACACAUCGAAAAAUUCCAGUUUCCUGUGUGUUUCACCUCUGUGGGGCAUAAACUGUCACAAAAUUCUAAUUGUUGAUGCUCAAACAUUUUGAUGUGACAAAGUCUGUUAUUUAUUGUAGUAAUUCUUGUUGGACGUUUGGUCUAAUAAAUUGAGGAAACAUUUAAAAAUCAUUCUCUUGCGAUAAACAUAUCAUAAAGUUUACUGUUUACAUUGUGUAGCACUGAUUACAGUUUUUACUUAAGUUUUCUUGUAUUGAGAAAUGUGAAAGUUACCAAAAUGACUUGUUGAAAAUGAUGACUGUCAUUAAUGUGAUGUGUGAAUGUGCUAUUGCAUUUGAGUAAUACAAACAUGAAUAUGUCACCUACAAGAUGACUAAAAAUAUGAAGAGUGUUUGUUGAUGUCCUUAUUAUAUAUUUAUAGAAAUGUGAUGAAGCAUGUAAAUGACUGGGUGAACAUUCAAAUGUUGAGUGAACGUGAGUUGGACCACUGAUUACUUAUGUAAACUUGUAAGGAGAUAAACAGUAUGAUACUAUUUUAAUUGAGCUCUCAUGCUUAAAUGCACUCUGUGAUAUGAUUAUAUUUAUUCAUUUGUUUUGUAAGUGCUUCUGCCUUUUCUCAUGUUACAUAUUAACAAGUAUUUUCGCUGCAUCUUAAAAGACAGAGUUCUGUACCUCGCACAUUGUACAUACAAAAAUAUGUUGUCUGUCUUUGAGAUUUUUUUUUGUACUUACAAUGAUCAUAUAAAUAUGUAUGUUUUUACAUUGCUUGUUAAAGUUAUUGAAUAUAAACAACAUUCUUGA